GGAACACAGUCCUACGCUAUCUGGCAGGUGGAACUCACCAUCAACUGUUGACUUACUAAAAUACCAAUGGCUACAGCAGUCUUCCCAAAUCGGACAGUUCCUACGCGCUCUGUGGACUCUCCAACUGAAAUGAGGACUCAGGGUGGCUUUGAAAACAACCUGAAGUUUAUCUGUGAGUUUAGACCCGCGACCAGUCCUAUGCAUAUGCCUGCUGAUGAAGACAACACCGGCAACGAGGAUUAUGAGUCUGUGUCCGUUAUCCUGCCAGCGCAGUGCAGCAUCUGUCAGUUGAGGCUACGCAUCUGUAUGAAGGCACAAGAACAAAACUGCCAUCCUGAUCCAUUUGCAAUACUGGAUCCUGAGAAAUAUAUCCUGCUGUACGCCAGAGGAGAUGACUGGUAUGAAGCCCACGACGACUGUCAGAUCAUCAGGACCUUAGAUAUCCCAUGGUCACGAGAUGAUUCUCAGUGUCUAGUGGCACACAUAGUUGCAAAGCCUCUGGUGGUAGGUGAUUCAGAACAAAGGAACAGUCAACAGCAGUGUUUGACUUACCUCAUUGGACAUGACCUGGAGAAAGAGGCAUCAGACAGACUUGGCGAACUUACAUUCACCCGCAGGAAACUGGCAUCUCCACGAAGGCUGGAGCUUAGGAAUCGGGAUGAGGUUCUGUAUGCCACAGAACCCUGGGUUACACAAGCCCCCAUCCCAAGCGAGCUCGAAGACUGGUUAAACAGGAAGCUUCCUGUCACCCUCCACUACGUUAACAAAAUCAGCUUCAGCAUCCAGGUGGAUCUGAAGGCAACUCCAGACGUUCUUCUUCAAGUUUUUAGAAGGGUCAUGGCAGACCAAAAGGUAGAAUAUGACACUUCUGAGGAGCUGGUAUUGAAGGUCUCUGGGAGGGAGGAGUUUUUGUCUGGUGAAAACACCCUCAUGGAUUUUCUCUGGGUUCGACAGUGUUUGAAAGCCAAUCAGGAUCUCCACCUUUCUGUUGUUCCGGUCUCACACCUUGCUGCGGAUUCGAUCGGGUUCGUCGACUGGCCGCUUGUUGAUGGUUUCAGUGGUCAGUUCAGCUCCCAUGAGGAUCUCUGUCUGCAUGGAAAGGAUCUGGACGACAUCUUCAUGAUAUCUCUGUGGGACUGCAACAGAAAAUUCAGAGUGAAACUGCUCGGUUUCGAUAUCCCACAUCUGCCAAGCAAGCCCCCUCAGUCUGUCUAUGUGGAAGCGUCCAUACUUUAUGGUGGCAAAGUGAUCUGUUCAGUAUCCUCUCUUCCCAAGCCUUUUGCAGAUGAAGUACUUUGGAAUGAAUGGUUGUAUUUUGACAUUCUCCUCCGUGACCUGCCUCGUGGCGUCAAGCUGAGUUUUACUAUUAACGCGUGUGCUAGCGAUGUCUCUCCAACAACCAAGGACCCAAAGCCAACAUCCAGGGACCCCAAGGCCUCAGGCAGCAAAGAGUCAAAGCCACCGCUGUAUUCAGCCAAGCCAACAGACCCUCAGAAAGGAAAGGGAAAGGUCCUCUACUUUGUCAAUCUCCUUCUCAUAGAUCACAGGUCUGUUCUUAGCCAGGGCCCCUACACCCUGCACAUGUGGUCCUAUCCUGACCCGGAAGAUGGGGCCAUCACCUACCAAGCAGAUAAGUUGUCCUCCGCUACAAACCCACAUAUAGAUGAAUCCAUGGCCAUCAGCUUCCUUCUGGAUCGCUACAGCUUCCCUGUGGUUCUCCCAAACACCUUUAGCCACAAUGACGGGUCUGGCAGUCCCACAUCUGGUCUUUUCACAGACAAAUCCACUGCUUCAGCCCACUGCACGUCGCCCAGCACAGAUUCUCUUUCUCCACAUGGGAAAUCUCUUCAGGGUCCAAAGACUGACAAGGUAACUCUGAGGUCUCCAUCUCCAGUCUUUAACACCAAGAGGGAUUGCCUGAAGAGGUUUCGAGAGGAGAGUGUCCAGUAUGGCUCCAACCUCCCCCACUUCUUGCGCAAUGUUGAUUGGUUGGAUCGAAGAGUGGUUGAGGAUGUGCACUGGCUACUGGGACUCUGGCAUCCUGGGGAACUGGAUGUACACGUGGCACUAGAGCUGCUAAGUAUGGAUUUUCCUGAUGAGAUUGUCAGGCAGCUAGCGGUGCAGAGACUCGAGAGUCUGCACAAUGACGAUGUGCUCAAGUAUUUGCUGCAGCUGGUGCAGACCCUGAAAGUGGAGCCCUACCACGACAGCUUUCUAGCUCGGUACCUCAUUCAAAGAGCUUUGCGGAGCAAAAGAAUCGGCCACUACUUCUUCUGGUACAUGCGCAGUGAGGUCGCCGGAUGCCCAUACUUCCGCCAACGCAUGGCAGUGAUUUUGGAGGCCUAUCUGUUGGGGUGUGGUCAGGCCAUGAUCAGCAGCUUCACCCAGCAGGUCCAGGCUGUGGAGGCCCUGCAGGAGGUCGCCAUGAUCAUUAAGAGAUUAUAUCCAGACAAAACAGAUCUCCCUUCCUCAGCUGCACUCAGGCUACAGGAGCUCCUAAGAAACAGUAAUCUGCCAAACGAAUUCCUGUUGCCCUUUGACCCCCGCAUCAAAGUUGGAAUUAUCCUGCUGGACAAAUGCAAAGUGAUGGCCUCCAAGAAGAAGCCUCUCUGGCUGGAGUUUUCACCAAUGCCUUCUCCCGUCUCCAACACACCCGUCGGGAUUAUCUUCAAAGAGGGCGACGACCUCAGACAGGACAUGCUGGUCAUUCAGACCUUGGUGGUGAUGGAGUCCAUUUGGCAGGAAGAAUCUCUGGACCUUAACCUUAUUCCAUAUGGAUGUAUCUCCACAGGACACAACAUAGGGAUGAUUGAAAUUGUGAGGAAUGCAGCGACCAUCGCUGCAGUUCAGAAAAGCCACGGUGGAACAACGGCGGCCUUCAGAAAUGAUGCUCUGUUUGAGUGGCUGAAGUCCAAGUGCCCCCUUCAGGAAAUUCACUACAAGGCUGUGGAGAGGUUUGUGAAGUCCUGUGCUGGAUACUGUGUUGCCACCUACGUCCUGGGAAUAGGAGACCGACACAACGACAACAUCAUGAUCACAGAUCAAGGAAAUCUGUUCCACAUCGACUUCGGUCACAUCCUGGGUAACAGGAAGCACUUCCUUGGAGUGAGCAGGGAGCGUGCACCAUUCGUCCUUACACCUGACUUCCUGUAUGUGAUGGGCCGGGUGAAAGGUCGAAACAGCCUCUAUUUUCAGCGGUUCAGGGACACUUGCACCAAAGCAUACCUCUUACUGCGCUCCCACUCUCGCCUGCUGGUCACUCUUUUCUCCCUGAUGCUGCUCACGGGCAUCCCCGAGCUGAGUGCUUCGGAGGACAUGCGUUACCUGCGGGAGGCGCUCCAGGAGGAUCAAAAUGAGGCCGAGGCCAAGGAGCAUUUUCUCCAACAGAUCGCAGAGUGUGAACAGCUGGGCUGGACCGUACAGGCCAACUGGUGGAUCCACAUGGUGGCCGGCAUCAAGUAGACUGUUCAGGAAAGCCAAAAACUGUUGAUGUUUAAAUGUAUUGUUCUUCACAGACAGACAGAUCCAGUCAUUGCCCUCUAAACAUCACAAACUGUUGUAUUUGGAGUUUCUACGUAUUCUUUGCAUUUCUGUCUCUAUGUUUUGUUAGCAGUGCUCAAGCACCCCUAAAAAAUGACUGAUUCAGAGUAUUCCUGCGUGUCAGUUCGGCUCUGCCAGACGUGCGUACGUUCCCACGGUGGCAUUUCAACGCUGCUGUGCGCAGCUCCACUGCCUGCUUUUUGUUUGCUGUCCCUUUAAAUCUGUAGCACAGGUGACUGUGCUGUGUGCUGUUUAACUCCAUUCUCAUUGGUUUUGCUGCCCUAAAUUCCACCUUUCCUCUUCCUGAUUGGCUGUUUUCGAUUGCGUGUUUGUGCGUGCUUGGAGCGCGAGAUUUAAGUUUUGAUUCAUACUGGGAUACUGCCGUUACCACAAUAAUACUAGGUUACGAAACUAGUCCCAGUAAAGAAACUAAAUAUUAUCAGCACUAAAAUAGGUGAAAGCUGCUGCGUUCAGUUCUGAACAGAAGUAGGAGAGUGUUUGGAUACUUUUCAUUUCAUAAUUUCAUUCCAGUUCACAUAGAAGUAUAAAAAAUGCACAGUAACAUAAAAGUAGCAACC